AUGGGAAGUCGUCUAGGCAAGCAGAUGCAAAUGGCUGCUGAAAAAACCGAAAUGCACGAGAACUUGGAACGAUAUGGACGAGUUUCUCGCGUUUGUGAUGUUGUUGUUAACAGCACAACAGCUCUUAUCGAUGAUAAAGCUGUUUGUUUUGAUUCUUUCAUAGAAAUGACAACGUCUGCGCGAAAACGGAGACACACCUUCGGCUUGGAAACAUAUAGAAUCACAUGGGUAUCGAAACUGGUAACGUACCAAGGAGUACAAGGGCAAUGGAUUACGCCAUGCUUGCCACAACUCCCCGUACACCUGGGCGUUUGCCCUGGUCUGAACGUAAUCCCAAAAAUCGCGAUGAUUCGCGAAUAG